AUGAUGGGAAUUUCCACACCCUGCUAUUCUCCACCCGAGCAGUUAAAUUUAGUUAGAGAGAGAGAGAGAGAGAUUAUUAUUUUUUUUUUUUCAUACUCAGAGGUCAUCGUGGGAGUCAACAAAUACCGGCUUGAGAAGGAGGAAUCAGUGGAUGUUCUGACAAUUGACAAUGAAGAAGUUCGCAUGAAGCAGAUCAACAAAUUGAAACAGAUACGGGCAAGCCGUGAUGCACAAGCUGUGGAGUCAUCACUAGCUGACGUGGAAUCUGCUGCUCAGGGCACAGGAAACCUCUUGGCUGCUGCUGUGGUGGCUGCGCGUGCCAGGGCCACCCUCGGAGAAAUUUCAUCAGCUAUGGAAAAGGUGUUUGGCCGUCAUGUGGCAAAGGACCGGCUGGUGUCUGGUGCGUACAAGACAGAGUAUGGAAACCAAGAUGAACUUACAGCCGUCUCUGCCAAGAUUGAGGAGUUCGUUGCAGCUGAGGGGCGGCGACCCAGGAUUCUUGUGGCUAAGAUGGGUCAAGAUGGUCAUGACCGUGGAGCAAAGGUCAUUGCCACAGGAUUUGCAGACCUUGGUUUUGAUGUUGAUGUUGGCCCUCUCUUUCAGACAGCAAUGGAGGUGGCACAGCAAGCAGUGGAUGCGGAUGUCCAUGUGGUAGGAGCUUCAUCUCUGGCUGCUGGUCACCGGACGCUGGUACCUGAACUCAUUAAGGCAUUGGCUGACUUGGGGCGUCCUGAUAUCUUGGUCAUUGCUGGUGGGGUUAUUCCUCCCCAGGACUAUGAUUUCCUCAAGAAUAGUGGAGUAGCUGCCAUAUUUGGACCUGGCACACGUAUACCAGUAGCUGCCAUGGACGUCCUCUCCCUGAUUACUGUCUCAGUGCAGAAGCGAGCAGCUUCCAAUUAGCAGUAUGGAAAAUGUCAUCGAGUUUAUCACUUCCAUACAUGUUAAAAAAUGUAAAAGAAUGUGUUCCUCUGUAGUAACACAUAGUAUACACUAACAAUAUAUUUCUUAUAUAUGGACACCAAAUUGUUGUUGAAGAACUCAUAAUUGUGUAAGGUGGAUGUAAAUUAUCAUUAUUUAUUUUAUUAUUAAUUGACUUAGUAAUAUUAUUAUUGUCAUUAUUAUUAUUAUUAUUAUUAUUAUUAUUAUUAUUAUUAUUAUUAUUAUUAUUACUUUUAUUAGUAGUGUUAAUAGUAGUAGUACUUUCUCUUCAUGAAUUACAAUUAAUUAACAACAUGUUUUCGUAUGUUUCUGUAUUUUCUGGCAUUACACAAGGGUAAGUUUUCAGGUGUAUCAAUUAGUUACACCAAUGUCUCAUUUUUGCCUAGAGGUGUUAUUAAAAUAGCUAUAUUAAUGUAGUAUUGUCCAUGUAUUAAUAUCUGGGUUGUGUAUAAAAUGUAGGGGGUUGAUAUUGAAAAUAAAUUAUUUUUUAUGGAUCAGGAACAGUUGUGUGGACUGAUG